CGGAGGCUGAGGCGGUGGAGAGUUAAAGCGGUCGGGCUGGUUGGCUGGCUGGGGCGUCAGGGCCGCGAAGGUUAGGACCGAUCGCCAGUCUCGAGCGGCGAGUUCCCUUCCUUUCAGCUGCUGCACUGACCAUAGUAUGCCCCCCCGGCCCCGAGGACCCCCCGCCGGGCCGGCUUAGAGAAGACGCGGCUGCCCAGCACUUGGGCCGGGCUGUCCCUGCCCGCUCCUCCUCUGUCGGUGGAGAACCGCCGGGCUGAGCCGCUGGGAGAAGCAGGCCAGAGCCUUCCGGGGCCGCGGCCCGGGGACCCGUGGAGGAUGAGCUGGCUCUUCCCCCUGACCAAGAGCGCCUCCUCCUCCUCCUCAGCUGGGUCUCCCGGUGGUCUCACCAGCCUCCAGCAGCAGAAGCAGCGCCUGAUCGAGUCCCUCCGGAACUCACACUCCAGCAUAGCUGAAAUACAGAAAGAUGUGGAAUACAGGUUGCCUUUCACUGUAAAUAACCUGACAAUUAACAUUAAUAUAUUGCUUCCUCCACAAUUUCCUCAGGAAAAACCAGUGAUCAGUGUUUAUCCACCAAUACGGCAUCACUUAGUGGAUAAACAAGGAGUGUAUGUUACCUCUCCAUUAGUAAGCAAUUUUACAAUGCAUUCAGAUCUUGGGAAAAUUAUUCAGAGUCUGUUGGAUGAGUUUUGGAAGAAUCCUCCAGUUUUAGCUCCUGCUUCAACAGCAUUCCCAUACCUGUACAGUAACCCAGGUGGGAUGCCUCCUUAUGCUUCUCAGGGUUUCCCAUUUCUUCCUCCGUAUCCCCCACAAGAAGCUAACAGGACUGUGAGCUCUUUAUCUGUUGCUGACACUGUUUCUUCUUCAACAACAAGUUAUACGACCACCAAACCCGCUGCUCCUUCAUUUGGUGUCCUUUCAAAUCUGCCAUUGCCUGUUCCCACAACAGACACUUCAACACCGAUAAGCCAAAAUGGUUUUGGUUACAAGAUGCCCGAUAUUCCUGAUACAUUUCCAGAACUCUCAGAACUAAGUGUGUCACAGCUUACAGAUAUGAAUGAGCAAGAGGAUGUAUUGCUAGAGCAGUUUGUGACUUUGCCUCAACUAAAACAAAUUAUUACUGACAAGGAUGACUUAGUAAAAAGUAUUGAGGAACUAGCAAGAAAGAAUCUCCUUUUGGAACCCAGCUUGGAAGCCAAAAGGCAAACUGUUUUAGAUAAGUAUGAAUUACUUACGCAAAUGAAAUCAACUUUUGAAAAGAAGAUGCAAAGGCAGCAUGAACUUAGUGAGAGCUGUAGUGCAAGUGCUCUACAGGCAAGAUUAAAAGUAGCUGCACAUGAAGCUGAGGAAGAAUCUGAUAAUAUUGCAGAAGAUUUCUUGGAGGGAAAAACGGAUAUAGAUGAUUUUCUCAGUAGCUUCAUGGAAAAGAGAACAAUUUGCCACUGUAGAAGAGCCAAGGAAGAGAAACUUCAACAAGUGAUAGCAAUGCACAGCCAGUUUCAUGCUCCACUAUAGAUUUUCCUGAAAACAUGAACUUCAAAGAGAGGAAUGGGACACAAAACUAAGCACAUUUAUAUUUAUGAUUUUCAAAUUGGCAUUUCAUCACAAUGGCUGAAUUCCUAGAUGUAUUAUAUAGGUUGUAUACAGAACUGGGACUGAUUUUGUACAGAUUAGAAUGAUUGCUAUGAUCUUUGCUUUGAAAAUUUUUUCUGCACUAUUUGCACUAAAAAUGUUUAUUUAUUGUUGAUAAAUUCUAUCAUAUUUAAGUUCUACUGCUGUUCCUCUCUUAUUAUUGAUUAAAUACCUGUGCAUGUAAUUUUAGCUACUCUCAAUAUUUUAUAAAAUUACUUCAUUUAAAUUUGUAUUUUUAAUUUGAAACUGCCUCAUUUCUUUAUCAAGGAUAGUUUGCUUAGAUUUUUUUUCCUCUCAACCCUUUUUGAAAAAUUACUAUUUCAACUAUAGAAAGAUUCUUAUUUUUUCUCUUUCUUUCUGGAUGAUAAAACUUUGAAAAAUAAUUUGUUUUUAAAUAUUCACAGUGUCAGGAAACACCAAACCUGCCAGUGUGCCGUCUCAAGUAAUUUUUAAUACACAGAAUAAAUCAAAAGGAUAAACCAGCUGUUUUUAUAUACGGUCUUAUUUUUUAAAGUAAAGAUGCAUUUAAAAGGCAAUACAGGUAAAUAAAUAUUUUACCUAAUAGAAAAAUUGCCUUUCAUUUAAACUAGUCUAACAUAAACUUUCAUGCUAGCUUUUUAAAUAUAAGUAUCUGAUGAGUUUGUGGUUAGAUGAGGAUAUUCUGUCUGAAUUCUGAAGUUUAAAACAAUAUUUUGUUAAUAAAUAGUAAAGAACACAAAAAAGUCAGUGAAAUUUUCUGACCUUUACUGUGUUAGCUUUUCUCUUAUGAAAACUUUAAUAAUAAAACUAAUAUUUAAUUUUUAGGCAGUCUAGUUUUUAAUUUGAUUUUCACUUUAACCUUGUAUAUGUUAAACAGUUUGCUUUUAUAGUUCAUUACAGAAUGAACAUAUUUUAUGGAUAGCUGUGAAAGCCAAUUAAUAGAAAAUCUUGAACUAGAUUUCCAAGGCUUGAUAAAGUAGCAUCCUAAUGCCUAUUUUCAUUUAAACUUCAGUAUGAUUGCCAUUCCAAAUCCUAGCAUACAGUACAGGUUUUUUUCUUCAUUCUUCUUUCUAUACCUAUUUCUGGCAACAGUUUAGGAAAAAUAUUUUCUGAGACUUGAAAAAUGCUUAAUACUUAGUCUGUGUUUAAGGGAGGACAGGUAUUCACAUGGACUCUAAAGAUAUAAUUUGAGUAAAGAAAUUAAUUUUUUUAACCUGUCUUCCUGGUACUACGCUAAGAGCAUGCCAUUUAAUCUUCAAAAUGACCCGACAAGGAAGUUAUGAUUAUUAUUCCAGACACAUAGUACAUAACUGAGGUAAGUGGUUCAGAUUUGUUGCAGUCUUUUGGGUAUUGAGAAACCUUUCCUUACUGCACUGGCCACAUAAGCUUCAGUCUUCCCAGCAGUCACCACAGUGGAGGACAUGAUUAUCCUAGUCUUUUGCAAGCAAUCAGGAAGCUUUCUUAGAAACCAGACAGAGCUCAGAACAAGAGCCCAGCAGACCACAACCAUUAAUUCAUUUGAUUCAUUAAUUUUAUUAAGCCCUCUAAGAGUGAGGCACUGUGGAAAUACUAUCCAAUGAUGACUCAAACAUGGCCUAGGUGUUUAUGUACUUAUCCACCUUCCUCUCUACCCCAAAAAGUUAUUUUCAUAUAGUAAAUCUCUUCUACAUAAUCACAUAAGUAAUUCAUCUCAAUGUCUUAUUUUUUUAAACUUGAACUAUUCCAGUUUCAUUCUAUACCAGUUAACAUACCUUGGUUUCUUCUUCUAAAAUUAGGUAACCUCCUUACAACCUAGUCAUUAAAAAGAGGACUCUAAUCAUCAUUAUCUGCUUCUAAUAGAUCAGAUAUUAGGUCAUAGACAUCAUCCAGGAUGGAAGUUAGUCUACAUUUGAAUAUGUAUGAUUUUGGUUUUACAAUAAAAAGUGACUUUUCUAUAGUACUAGUAUUAUUUUUUUCUUAAUUGGCCAUAUUGGAGAAGCAGUGCCAGAAGGAGAAAAAGUAUCUGUCAAAGCAGAGAUUGUGAUUUUCCUCUAACACAUACUAGAGGACUAGAUGGAAAUCAGAAUAGCAGAGAAAAGCUUAGGCGUUAUUAGAUUAUGCAGAGUUAGGGGUUUGUCAUAGGUAGGACUAGAAAGACUGAUGUCUCAAAUAGUUUUCUAAACAGAUGUGAUAACAUGCCAGACAUAAUGCUUCAAAGUUGAAAGAUUUUCUAGGAAUAAUCUAUACUAGGAAAUUUAUAUUGGAAUAGAGAUCAUCUGACAGGUAAGUCUGAUCAUAAUUCAUAUAUGUUUAAAUCGAAGGACAGCUCAGAUUAUUUUUAGGGAAAGCAAGUAAACUAAUCUUGUGCCCCUAAAGAAUAGAAACCUCACACCAGGGUUUUCCUUGUUUCUGUGUUCCUUUACUCUAAAAAUGUUCCUUUGCUGAUUGUCGAGUCAUGAUCAAAAUGCUUACCUACUUCAUAUUGUUAAAUUUUCCUGAAAAUCACUAAAUAAUAAAGCACUUGAGCUCUAAA